UGGUCUUGACAUUUGGACCAAACAAGGACUGACUGCAUCCUUUUUGGCUGUCAGCGCUUGUUUGUUUUGUAAUUUAAAAAAAGCUCCAGUUCACAUCAUGUUGCAGCUAGUGGAACUAGAUCACCCUCACACUGCGCAUUCCAUCAAAGUUGUGGUCGAUACAUGCCUGGAGGACUGGGGCAUUCCCAAAGAGAAGGUUUUAACCUUCAUCACGGAUAACGGGAGCAACAUGGUUGCAGCCUUCAAAGAUGAUGAGGGCGAGGACGAUGAGGGCGAGCCCACCUCCACUGAGGAAGAUGACGAGGUAGACGAAGAAGAUUCAAGAUCCCUGGCUGAAGAGCAACGCUAUGGAGGACUGAAGAGGACACCGUGUGCUGUGCACACACUGCAGUUAGUCGUCAACCUAGUUAACAAAGACGGCACUGUGCAGCGGGUCCUGAACAAAGCCCGCAAGUUUGUGAGGACUCUACGAAAGUCAUCUGUGGCCCUCGAGAAACUCAUCCACCUCUGCGGGUUGACCUUGACUAAAGACUGCCCGACCAGAUGGUCAAGCACCUAUCUCAUGAUUUCCCGUCUUCUGCAAGUGAAGGACUCGGUUGUGAAGGUGGCUGAUGAAAUGAACUGGGACUGCCUCCAAGCCAGUGAGUGGCAGAAGCUGGCUGCUGUGCGAGAUCUCCUGGCCCCAUUCGCCGAGCACACCCAGACGCUGCAGAGUGACACCUCCUCACUCUCGCUGGUGGUGCCCACCAUCCUGGACCUGCGUGUCCAUCUUACGGAGUUCAGCGCUACCAGUACCUACAGAGACCUGAAACUCCUGGCAGACAAAAUGAAGACCAAUCUGGAUGAGCGCUUCAGGUGUUUCUUUAACCCACACGGGGAGAAGUUUUCACCACUUGCUGCCACUGCCACCUUCCUGGACCCCACUGUUGCUGCUGAAGCUCUUCUGGAGAGUGACGAUCCAGGAAUCCAGGAGCUUGUGACCGAGGUAGAGACUUACAUUUCCCACACACUUUCACCACCAGCAGUACGAGAGGAAGCAGAUGAAGCAGAAGCGCUACCAGAACAACCAGCAACUUCCCAAUCCCAAGGCAAGCGACCAAGGUUUAGAUUCCUAUCCAAAGGCACUAGCCGGCCAAAGCCUAGCAAGCCCAGUAUUCUGGAUGACAUUAGGAAAUACAAGGAGCAGCUUUCUCAGCCCAUUAAUGAAGAGAGUGCAUUUCAUUUUUGGGAUGCACAGGGUCCUACUGCGUAUCAAACCCUGAGACCAAUUGCCCUUGACCUGCUGGCAAUGCCAGCCUCUCAGGCAUUUGUUGAACGCGUUUUUAGUAUCACUGGUGACCUCAGCCGAGGAAAGAGAAACAGAGCAAAGGACAUACUGGAGAGAAGUGCUUUCCUUAAACUGAACUGACUAGAGAUAGACUCUGUUUUCUCUGGAUGGUCAGGUCAGGAUAGGGUCGGGAGAUAGAAAAAGUAAAGCGGGCCAAGGGGUGAUAUAAAAAAAUAG